ACAUUUAUACCAAAUUUGGAAUUCACCGUUUUUUGUGGCUUCCAAAUAAUUUUGGCUUAGUAUUAUUUGUUAUAUUUUUUUUUAAAAAAAAUAAACGCGUUUAAAAAUCUUCAAAUUUAAUUGGAGGACUUGAUCAGCCGGGUUUAACGUGAUUUAGAUAAACUUAAAACGUUCCGUCCAAUCUGGGCCAAUCUGGAGUUUGCCGAUUACACCGAUUACACAGAUUUAUUUGAUUUUUUUUACAAAUCGUUAAAUUUGAACGCGGAAGAUCAAAAAAUGUAUAUAUCAUGUGAUCUUCUUUUGUUUAUCGACGUAAUUUAUUGUCUUGCAUUAUCAGCGUUAGAAUCUUUGGUAGUUGUUUAUCAUCAUGCUUUUGUCGUUAAAUUUAUACUCACACCCCAAGGAAAAGGAAUCUCUGAUUCAGAUCUUAUUUAUCAUGGAAUAUUUUUUUUAUCGCUCAUUUAUCAAGUGGCUUUUUGUGUGUACUCAUUAAUCACGAGAAAUUCAAUUCAACUCAUGGCUCUCGUUGUAUUUAAUAUUCUUUCUCUCGCGUAUGCUGGAGUACAAAUUUAUCAACAUAUAAUACUUGAAGAAGAAGGUACUAUUGGAGCAGAAUUUAAACCUGAUGAUAAAUUUAAAACUCCUGAAGAUGCGAGAGAUUUCUUUGUUAAAAGAAUGAGACCAAUUGAAUAUAUUAUCGCUUCAUUAGUGUUAACAUUUUCAAUUUAUUUAAGUUUUUUAUCAUAUAAAUUAACAAAAGAAUUUGGUUGGGAAAAUUAUAAAACUUAUACCGCUGAUUUAAGAGUUCGUAAGGCUUACGUCUCACUUACAAUUUUACAAACUUUAGUAAAAUUAGAUAUAUUUUUUUUAAUAACUUAUGCUAUACAACUUGUUCCAUCAAAAUUAAUUGGUUAUUCCAGAUCAAUAUUUGAAACCGUUUUGGUAUUUGUUAUCGGUUUCUUAUUAUCAUCAUUGGCUUGGUAUUCUGUUGACAAAGAGAUGAAAUAUAUUUUAUUGAUUGUAAUUAAUUUAUGUUGUAUCUCUUUAGCUUAUAUAGUUUAUAGACUUAUUGGUAUUAAUUCUCCUGUACCUGAUGAUACAAUUGAUCCUUAUCAAUUUACGAGAAGACUUUUAACUUUUACUUUAUCCGUUACCUUUGUACUUGUUUGUGCUACUAUUUAUUAUGGUAUUAUUUGUUUUAGAAAUAUGACUCGUGGGAUAUAUAUUUAUACUGUAUAUGGUCUUCCAGGAUCAAAAAAUGAUAAUAAUAUUUCUCCUGAUGAAAUCAGAAAGUCAAAAAGAGCUUCAAAAAAAGCUGAACUCGUUCGUACAUCAACUGCCAUCAGUUUAGAUUAAGGAAGAAGGGAGAAUAGAAAAGGGAAGGAAAAAAUGACAAAAGAAUAUUAAUUUAAUUCGUUUAU